AUGAAGGCCUUUGGCUGGACCUGCCCCUUUGACCUAGGUCAACUUCUUUACAACCUGGCACUGAAAAAAACAGCUGUCCAAUCUUCAACCAGUGGCCCCUUGGGUACUGCUGGUAGAGCAGUUGAUGGAAACAGAGAUGCAAGCUAUCAAAGAGGGUCUUGCACACUUACCAGUGGACAAUCUAAUCCCUGGUGGAGAGUAGACCUAGUAAAUGUGUGUGCUGUCAUCUCUCACAUUCCCAAGGGACAAGCGUUUUACUUUCCAUGUAACUCUGUGAAGGGACGCUACGUCACUGUGUUCCUACCAGGAAGUGCAAAGGUCCUAAAUCUCUGCGAGGUUGAAGUGUACUAUGUCUUUGUCACUGGCAGCAAAGAUGUCCACAUUCUCAUCCAGAAGGCACCUCAACCGCUGGCGCUGGUCGACGUUGAGGCCUACGCUGCUGCGCUGCCAAAGGUCAUCAACAGCCUCGAUGGUCUCGGUGCCCGACGCCUGUCUCGUCUGGUCCCCUUCGCUCCCUGCUUUUGGCCGCGCUGGAGGGCAAAAGUCUCUGCGCCAAGAGUGAUAGCCAGCUUCACGGUGUCGACGCAGGCCCCCCCAGCGGCUCAGCAGAUCCAGGCCAAUGAUGCACCGGUCUUGAAUGUCGCGAGCCAGAAGUCGUGCACCAGCUCCAGAUCCUUCACUCGGAUCCGCAACGGUUUCUUCCCCCGCAUAACAGUUUUCUCCCCCGUCACUGUCAUCAGCUGGGUGUCUGUGGGCAACCAACCCUUCACCAGUGGCCCGGAUGUUCCAGGGGCACGCCAGGUCGUAUCAGGGAAAUGGUAG